GAAUAGCAGAUGUGGAUUGGGAGGAUAUCCGACAAAAUCGGAACUUUGAAUACUAAAUGGGUGGGCUACUUUUAUGCAUUCGACUCCCAACUAUAAAGGAUCAAGACACCACCAUUAUUUAGAGCACCGAGCUAUAGAAAUAGAUAAUCUCAGCCUCUUGCUCUCACAAUUUUCCACUUUAGUUUUUUUCAAAGCAGGAAUUUAAUGGCGGACGAAGGUAACCAGACUGUGAAACGAGUGUGUGUGACUGGAGCAGCAGGAUAUAUCGGAUCAUGGCUAAUCAAAAAUCUUCUGGAGAGGGGCUACACUGUCAACGCCACCCUUAGAAACCCAGGAGACGAGAAAAAAUCUGGGCCUUUGUUGGAGCUGGCGGGGGCAGAGGAAAGGCUUAAACUUUUUAAAGCUGAUCUAUGUUUAGAGGGCAGCUUUGAUUCUGCUGUGGAGGGUUGUCAUGGAGUUUUUCAUGUGGCAGGUCCCAUGGAUUUUUCAAAAUCUAAUCUGGACGAUUUUGUUGUACCAGCUGUAAAUGGCGUACACAAUGUUAUGAGAGCCUGUGUAAGAGCUAAAUCUGUUAGACGUGUGAUUUUCACUUCAUCUGUUACAGCGGCUGCUCCAAUGAACGACAAGGGGGAAUUUAGCCAGACAUGCCUUGACGAGAGGUGUUGGAGCCCCUUAAAUUUCCUUAAAUCUCAGACCACUAAGUUAUCUUUGUAUAUGAUAGCUAAGACAUUAGCAGAGCAAGAGGCCCUUAAAUAUGGGCUUAAUAAUAACAUUGAGGUGGUGAGCAUUCUACCAGGUGUGGUCAUUGGGCCAUGGCUUACGACUAUGAGUGCUUUAACAUCUGCUCAAACAAUAUUAUCUCUCAUCGGAGGAAAUGAUGAAUAUUAUGAAAUGCUCAAGUUUAUGGAAUCUGUGCUGGGAUCUGUACCAAUUGUUCAUAUUGAUGAUACUUGCAAUGCCCACAUAUUCCUCAUGGAAUGCACCAAUGCUCAAAACCGCUAUGUUUGUGCAUCUGAUUCUUUGAGUCUCAAGUCCCUCAAAGAUUUCACUGCUAAACAUUUUGUACAACUCAAGAAUUCUCUCAAGUUGGAUGAAGAUGAUGGAGAUGAGAGAUACCUGGCUGCUUCGUCAAAGAAACUGUUGGAUAUGGGUUUCUGUUACAAGUAUCAGCUACCUGAAGCUUUUAAGGAGACCAUGGAAUGUCUCAUAAAGAAUGGACUCCUGAAGUAUUGAAUAAGUUGAAUAUUUAGAAUAGAAAGAAAAUAAAAGAGCAGCGAAUAAAAAUGCAAAUAUUUUUAUUUUGCCAGCAAAUAAAUUACCUGCUGAUUUCUUGUUGCUGUAUAGUAGUAGACUUCAUAUAAUUAAUGGUCAAUAAAAUUUUCUAUUAAGAAAA